GUGUGUAUGCAUUUUCAAGGCGGUCUUUCUGUUGCAAGAAAAAAAAAACAGUAGCCUAACAGGAAAACGAAUAGGUCGAGCAACUGAUGAAGGCAUGGAAAUGCAGUCUAGUGACAGAAACUGACAUUUGGGAUCGUCAUGUGUCAGUGAACGCCUUUGCGAUGGCAAUGUGUUCAAUUUUAGUUCGAGAUAGGUGGAAUCACCUAAACGGUGUGUGAAAGAGGGAGAGAGAGGCGAGGGAAGAAGAGGGGAGGGGGCGGGGGUGUAUGGACCUCACUGGUUACGGGACCUACAGGCACCCCGAUUGUGCGCUGCUCUCAUCAUUUUUGGAGGUGAGGACAAAAGAAAAGGGGAAAUCGGGAGAAAGGCCCGGGAUCCGAGUGUCGUGACGGGCCCCCCGACUUCGCCGCCGCUGGUCGGGGUUGUCUGGACUCAAACGGGUGAGGGAAAAGCGGCGGAGCAGUCGACUUUAGACUGGGGUUUCCUGCCACAGCAGCGGGAUUGUCACAAAACAGCCUUUCAGUCUUCGAGGGGCCUUGUAUUGCUACGUUCUCAGCCUCAACAAUUUGGGAAAAAAAGUGUACAGUAAGCUUGAGUUGCGAAGGCGUCUGGUCAGCAGUUGUUGGAGAAUGAACUUAACUACAUGGAGAUGCCGGGGAGAAACAGAAAAGCAGGAACCUAAAUUGACUAAACUUGAAGAGGAAUUAAUGGACUGCCCUCCUUUUGGGAAACUAUUGUCAUGGAAUUAGGUAAAAUUAAAUGACGGUUGACAGAAAAAACAAAGGUAAGACAGCUAAAUGUUGAAGACGCGGAGGAACACCAAGAGGAAUUUUAAUACAGAAUCAAGCAGAGAACAAUUACAGAAUAGGGACCAAAGACUUUUACAAUCCAACUGAAUAUGUACAAUAGCAAAACAAGAAAACAGUAUUUGAAAGGGAAUGACAAAGGAAAAGAACAUCUCAAAAAGUAUUAGACUCUGCAUCAAAGAGCAGAUGAAAAUAUCAAUGGAGUGUUUGCCUCUGGGAGCGUUUAGCGGAGGUCUAUAUCUAGACCCCUUGAUUAGUGUUACUGCAGUUUCCCUCUCACACAGGUGUGAGUCAGUUUCGAACAAACCUACACGUUGAUGAACUGAAGAAUUGCUGCAACAGAAAGCAGUCUAAGUGGUUACAUUGAUGUGUUUUUGCACAAGCUGCAAGUGAAUCCCUCCACAGUUUAAUCGUAGCAUAGCUCUGUUUGCUUGUGCUGUUAUUACGGUGGAGAGUAUACAUGUAAAGACAUUUAGGGUUGAACAUCUCAAGUGCUGGUGUGUCAGUCGUGCUUGAUAUCCUCGCCUACUCAGUGCCAAACUGCUUCAGCUUCAUGGGAAUGAUUGCACCGUCUGCAUCUUGUAUUUUUUAGCAGUGGAACCCUGCUACACUCACUCCAGCACAUAUCUGUUUUGCUUUUUUUUUGUUUUGUUUUGUUUUUUUAUUUCUGUUUUGAAGAUCCAGCUGUUACAUAAGUGAUCCUUUUGUGAAAAGUGGAGACAACCGUAACAUCAGCAGAUUGCAAUUUUUUUUUUUUUUUUUUUUUUUUUUUUUUUUUGGCCAUUUGACCAUUUCAUAUAUUGAUAUAACCAUCAUCUGCUUAAAGCUUGUUUUUCACUUUUUUCUGCCACAAUUGUGAUUUUAACAUCUGCGAUAUAUUCUUCUGCUACAAGUUUUGGAUUUUUAGAAGCAUUUCCUUGUUUGACUGCCAGGCCAUAGACUCACACUUUUUUCAUAUAUGGUUACUGCCAUAAACCUUUCAAUUUCUAAUCGGAAGCAUUCCCUGAUAUAGACAUUUACAGACAUUUGUGCUUUUAUUCCGAACUCCAGAAAAAUGCAGAAUUUUUCUAACAGUCCAGCUCCCCCCUCUCUGCCCCCCGGGUUCAGUGGGAGGGGUGGAGGAGGUCCUCCUUACCCCCCUCAGCCAGCAGACCCCCAGAUCUCCCCCAGGAUGACAGAUGAUUAUGCAGGGAUGCAACAGCAAAGCCUCCACAGAGGCCAUCACCUCCCCAGUCAAGCCAGCCAUAUGCUUGCUUAUGGUGCUAGAAACAGAGUGGCUGGGGAGCCACCACCAACACAGGGUAACAUUCACAGUGGCAACAGUAGCAACCCUUACCGGAAGGAGGCCAUGGAUUAUUAUUUUUCAAUGGGUGGGAAGGACAGACACAGAAGGGGGGGUAUAGGAUAUGGGGCAGGUUUUGGGUACCCCAACAUUGAUGGACAUAUACCUCACCAGUACAGGCAUGCUGGAUCUGGCUCUGCAUCAUCAUCUGGCAUGAUGUCACCGUAUCCAGUGGACUAUGGUUCCACUGCUGGUUCAGGCGGUGGAAGUGGUGGUGGUGCUGGAGCGUUCUCUCCUUCUCAUCAGUACAAUAUGAGUCAGAACCCUGCAAUGCAGUCAGUGCCAGGUUCUCAGAUGCAGCACCGCCAGCAUGGGCAAAACUUCCAAGCUCUCACCCAUGGACAGCAACAUAGGAGCUAUCCACACUCUGGGCACAGAAUGACCCCUCAGUACACACACUACUCUCCACAGGGUGGAGCACCGACAGGGUCAUCAGGAAUGUACAGCCCCCCUCCACAGAGAUAUCACGACGGGACCGGUAGCACUGGGUUUGAUCCCAAAGUCAACAGCUCUCCCAGUGUUAACUCCAAUUCAAACUCAGUCUCUAGUUCAGCUGCUGCUAACAAUGUGGGGCCAAUGGAGAAUGUUCAACAGAGUUACCAUGCUUCAACUUACCCUGCAUACUCCCCACAGACACAUUCACUCCACAAGCAAGCCACACUACAACACCGCAACUCACAGCACAAUUUAGGUGUAGGUUAUGACAACUCUCUCAAGAUGCAGCAUCAAGGCCCAUCUCCAGGCUCUGUAUAUGCUAAACAUCACCAAGCCUCCAAUCCCAAUAUACCUCAUGCAGCAUCUCAAGAAAUAGCCAAAUCCCCAAUGCACGCCAAUGCUCAGCAAACCCAAAUUAACCAAAACUUCAGCCCAAUAUCGAACCCUUCUCCAGCUGCCUCUGCAGUGCAGUCUCCCAGCUGUAGCUCUUCUCCUUCCCCUUUGAUGGGUGUCUCAGAGGCACAUGGAAAUCCUUCAGGACAUGCUCCUUCACAUCCUCCACCACCAACCCCUCGUAGCAGCCAUAGUCAUGGUAGAUUACUGCAGACUAUGCCUCAGUUGAGUCCCACGCCCAACUCAAACAGCAGCAUCAGUAGUUGUGGUAGCAGUGGCAGUCAUAAAGCUCAAGGCAUCAGUGCAGUCCCGGGCACUGGUCUCUCUUCAGCAAACCGCAACAGAGUGGGUCCCAGCACAGGGAUUGGAUCCCGAGAGGAAGGCUCCUCUGUUUAUCCAUCUUCUCCACUUGACAAAAUGCAGGAUGCCGGCCUGAACAGUCUAAAUGCCUUGACCUCACAAGUAGCCAAUUUACCAAACACAGUGCAGCACAUGCUUCUCACUGACACUGUGCUUUCACAGAAGAAGGGGAAAGAUGGACAAAUGCAGCAGGCAAUGCAUGCCAUGCCCCUGUCACAACCACGGAGUCGAAAUGCCAGUGCAGCCUCAAGCACUAGCACAGUUAAAGAAGGAAGUGCAGUGGGCACUGGUGAUGGUGCCGGCCUAGAGACUGGAGCUGAUGAAGUUUCUUCUGUGGUGUCAGAGAGAGGACCAUCAGGGACCAAGGUGGAGCGAGAGGAUCAGUUUUCUGAGGGGGAGCAUGGAAGAAUGAGGCAGAUGAGUGGUGCAAGCAGUGGAUCUGAACCAGCUGGCCACUUCGCUCCAUCUCAGAAUCAAAACCAGCCCCAGAGUGGACAGGCAUCACAUGUUAAAACAAUCACCUCUGAUUCAACAACAAAACAACCAAGUGUUUCUGAAAUACAAGUGAGUGAAGCUCACAUUCCUUCAUCAUCAUCAUCAUCUCCAUCCUUUGGAAGCCAGCCAUCAGAGGCUGGCCCAAAUUCACAUUCAACACCUCCCGUUUCCACAACCUCCUCAUCCACUUCCUCCAGUGCUCCUGUUCUCCAGCCAAACUGUCUCUCAGAACCUGAUUCAGCUGAUAAUGAUAAUAGAUACGGUCCUAAGAAGACAACAGAAUUGAAAAAUGAAGGAAUUAAAAGUGAAACUGAAGUUGUGACUGAAAGAAGGGAGAAAGACAACAGUCAGUUGCAGGGAGAUGGAGAAGUAAAUACACAAGAUAGUCAGGAUAAAGAAAAUAGAUUGCACAGCAUAUCCAGAUUACACAAUAAUGACAAGGAAGAAAUAAAAACGACAUCUGAGGAACAGCAAAACAUCAGUAGUGUGGGUGUGAUUGUUUCAACCCGGUCUGAGGGAAAUCACACUGAAAAAGGCAAGCAUCCUCAAGACUUUUUAGAAGAGAAACAUUCACACUCUUACUUUAGAGAGUCAAGCAGUCAUAAUGGGGGCGAAGGUGUAGACCUGAGUGUAUAUUCUGCCCAUCACCAGCUCCACCAAAAAUCUAAUUUUGGACGGCCUCAAAAUCCUCCACUAUCUGGACCACACAAAUAUGGCUUCCCAGAAUCCCCCUAUGGCUCAGACAUGUCAAUGAAGAACAAAGGGAGGCCUGGCCAGGCAAGUGUUAUGGAAUCAAAUUCCAGAUACCUAGGGUUCCAUCAAUCACAGACGAGCUAUGGCUCUGUGCAUCCAAAAGAUGUUGGUGGUACUGUAGCAGAGGCAUUGGGAAAGAGAGGGGAUGGAGCAGGGUUAAAAGGUCAUGAGGAUAAUUCCCAAGUGCAGCAGUUUCCAAGCCUUUUACAAGAGGUUCUUCAAGGUUAUAAUUUAGACAGACGUUAUGGCCGGCCUGAACAAGCAUUUCCCGCUCAUCUCCAAGCUCAGCAACAGUUUCAAACCAGACAGCCGUAUGGCAUGGCUGAAAGUAUGAGGAUGCAAACUGGAGUGGCUGACGCCGCUGCUCUUUCCUCCCAUUUGGCUAACUCUGGAAAACCCCCACAUCCAAAUCAGAGGCAGGGAACUGUGCCGGAAUUUGCCCCAGAGCCUCAGCCUUCGGUGAAGUCAGAAGUGACCAUUACUAAGGCAUUGCAAAAUGCUGAAAAAACUAAAGUGGGUGUAUCCCAUAGUCACUUACCACAGUCUACAGAGUCUCUGCAACCUCCACCAAAACACAUUAACUUGGCAGACUAUUCUUUACCACAGAGGAAACCCUCAUCUAAUCUGUCCACUCCGUCCUCUGCCGUACAAGAGCUCCUUUUGCAAGAGACAGAGCCACUAACAGGCAGCAUUGGUCAAAGUGAGUCUCAGAAAUCAUCAGGCUCCCUAUUAGCCCCAUCAUCAGAGCGGCGCUCUGUCAUCUGUGAUGUGUCGCCAAACCGGCGCAGUACACCAGAGAGGGACAGGGAAAGUGACAGAGAGAGGGAGAGGGAGAAAAGUCAGAGUGGAGCCUCUGUGAUUCAACAGCCAUUUUCCUCUCCAACAGCAGCCAAUGAUCUGAGUAAAAAGGAUCCUGGAGAGAAAGAAGUUGUGAAAAUGGAAACAGCAUCAAAAGAGGCUGGCCCAGACACUGCACUACAAGCUAGUCACCAUGGAAGUAGUGUAACUAAUGAGGCUGAUACAGAGUUUCAUUCCAAGUCUGCUCAUUCAUCUGUUGUUAUGAAUACUGACCCCUAUAGGCGAGGUAGUGUUGAUAUUACCCCCUUGCCUCAUCAUCCUCCAAGCACUAAUCCUUUAUCUCCACCAUCAAGACAUCAGACCUAUCUUCAUGGUGUUGAUUUGUCAACUGGCCAUGCCAGCAGCUUUCCUGGUUAUCGAUAUGGUGAUACAAGAGAGGGCAAUAUGAUGGCCCGUAGCAACCCCCAUUUCCCCUCCCAUCAUCCUUUCCACAAUUUAUCACCCCAGGCUCCAUCCACAAAUAAGCUUCAAAUGUUUCCUCACAGUCGUGGCCCUCCUCACCACCCACAUGACAUGAAUGACUGGGUGACAGCAAUGAACAGGCCAUCCAAGGAGAUUAUGAUGCAGCCUGGUUCCUCUCCAGGAAGACAUAAACUCAGCCAGUCAGAGCAGAGGCAGAGGAUGCUCCCCCAAACUGACUUGCCCAAUGAACAACAUAUAGCUAAAACUCCACUUCCCCAUCAAAGUGCUUACUAUGAUAUGAAAGUGUGGGAGUCAACACACCCUGGAAGAGAAGGUGCAGGAGUAAUGGAGGGAGACCCGUAUUACAGAGCACAGCCACCGCCGCUGCCGCCUCCUCCCCCUCCUGUCCCUCCCGCCCCUGUAACUUCACAUGGCUCUGUUCCUCCACAUAUUGGUCUAGCAGUUGGUCCAAAUGCUGGGGAAGCUGAUGUCUCCAGAGCAGCUGUAGAGGAAGCUAAACACCCCCGUCCAACUCCUGCAUCCAACUCUGCUAAGCCCCCUGCUGACAUUAACGCCACUGUACCACAGGGGCAGCGUCAGACUAAAGCAGGGGGUUCCGGAGACACAAAUCCACUGAUAUUAAGAAGGAGAGUUCGUUCUUUUAUCUCCCCUAUCCCUGCCAAGAGACAGCUUCAGGAUGGUUCUCAGCAGAGGGGUGCCACAAAUUCACAUCACUCCCCUGGGGCCCAGUCUGAGUCUAGCCAUCACAAUGAAGAUGACUCAUCUAGUUCUGAUAUCCCAUGUCCCAGGCUUUCUUCCCCUUUACCUGGAGAGAAUACUUAUUCACAAUCUCUGUCUCCUUCGAGUGGGAAAACCAAACUUUUGCCUCCCAGGAAAGGUCGGGGUUUGAAACUGGAAGCAAUAGUUCAGAAAAUCACUCCAAAUAUUAAAAAGCCAACAGACCACACUGAUGCUGAGUCAAAUCAUUACUCGAGCUUCUCUCACUCAGAAAUGACACAGUUUAGUGAUUCACAAGACCAAGACAUAACACAUUUCCCCAGAGUUGCAGGAGGGGAUGAUGGAUACAUGGAUGAAAGUCACUCUUUAAAUGAUAUGAUUCCCUUCAGAGGGGUUGACGAGACUGGGCCUUUACCUCCCUCUGCCUACCCCUGUGAUCCUCAUCAGACAUCCCAAGUCCUCAAACAGCAAGACUUUGACUUUGGAUUAGGGGCUGCUGUGGUGUCAGGUGCUGGUGACAAGGAGGACUUCACUUUGCUAGGACCUCUACCCCCUCCUCCACCUCUCCCUCGCCCAGUCCAGGGCUCCCCACCUCCAUCCUCAUCUGCCCUAUCUGAUAUCCAGCAUUUCACUAACACUUACCAGCAGCUUGAGACACGAAGAGGAGAGCAAUCUGCCGCUACCCUUCUCAGACAGAAACUUCAAGAAACUGGCAUGGGAUUUGAUGAUUAUCCUGGCAGUGACUACUAUGGAACCACCCCACCCCACCAUAGCCAGGCCCAGGGACACAUGUUGAACAGACAACAUCAAAUGGCCUCUGGAAGGUCCGCUUUGUCACCACAAGAUUCCAAACCACCCGAAAGUGUUGUGCCUAAAGGCUAUUUCCCAUCUGGCAAAAAAAAGGGCAGGCCUGUCGGGAGUGUUAAUAAACAAAAACGUACCCAGAACCAACCCCAAACCCAGGCACAGACCCAAGUCCAGGCUCAGAACACAACUGUGAGUACUCCUCCGGUCCAGCCUGCUGUAUCGCCAGCUGCUGCCACAACCCCACAGCCAGUGCAGAAUACCAGCAGCACACCAACCCCCACAGCUCCUCCCUUGCCAGAGCUCAAAGACACUCCUCCUCUGGCCCCGCCCAUUUUAACCCAGGUGGUGAAAGUGGAUGCUGAGAGUGAGGACACACAGCCAGACGCUGAGGUCAAGCCUCUGCGACGGAGACGCAGAGGUGUGAAAGAUGAGAAUGAGCCAGCGGGAGGGAGAGGAAGACAGAGGAGGAGAAGGAGAGGAGGAGCAGCAGCGGCGCCAUCAGUGGCCAAAGAUGACCCAGAUACACCUUCAGGGGCAGGAGGAAGCGGGGGAUUCCUAGACCCAAAUAGAAAGGGCCUGUUUGUUCCACAUAUUCAUGUGGAGAAAAAAAUACCAGAGAUUGGGGCAGUGUGCACCAUAGUGAAUGCUGAGGAGGAGAAGAUGAAAGGAGAGCGUAGUGCAGUCGGAGGGAAAGCAGGCGGCAGUGGAAUCGAUUCUCUCCUGACCUCAGCUCUUUCCUCUCAGUUAUCUAGAAGAGACAGAGAAACAGAGAAAAGAGACUCAGACGAGGUGGAAACCGCCCUUCAGUCAGGAAAAGCACUUCCAUCAUCUGGCUAUGUUGUUUCAGGCCCUGUGAUUACAGAGACCAAUCACUCUGGCCGCCUGCUCUGCUGCCUGUGUCAGAAAUGGGCAAAUUAUAAACAUCUUGGAGACCUCUAUGGGCCUUACUAUCCAGCUGAAUACGCUGCAAAGCUUCCCAAGAACCAGCCCCAGGUCAGACAGUGUCAAGUAACCACCGGAACAAAUAAAACGGGACCAAAUUUAGACAGUAACUCAAAUGUAUUGAGCACUAUCCAAGAGACACAAACACAAGAUGUUCAGUUUAGCAAGUUGACAACUGAGAGCGACUACACUAUCAGCCUUGAUAAAAACCCUGCAUCUCCUACCACUACAGUGGGAACUGCCUCUCCAGCUGGUGGAGGGGAAAUGAUUAUGUACAUGGCUGGCAAGCUUGGUAACACCACCUCCUCCUCCACCACCACCACCUCCUCUACCACCACCACCACCCCCACACCCACCCCCACUCCCACCCCCUCCUCUCCUACCACCACCAGUAAACCAACAUCUCUAACCUGGGAUAUGAAUCUGGAUAUUAGACCUAUCCCAGAGCUGAAGAGAGAACCAGACCUUGAGAGUGACCAGCAACAGAAACAAAAACAGCCGCAGCAGCCAACAGAUGAAACUCAGCAACGACCCCAGCACAGAAAGCUGACUUCACAUCCUCGCUUUAAAAGGAGGCACAAAUCAAGCGAGGAAUCCCCCAGAAUGGUGCCAUCCAACAGUAAGGCCUCUUUGCCCUUCCAGCCCCCUCCCCCAGCCCUGGACUCCCUGGGGCCCUUGGCUCAGCUGGCCCAGCUGCCUCAGAUGCCCAUGGACCCAGAGGAGUUGUGGGUCCACGAAGGCUGCAUAGUGUGGACCAGUGGAAUAUACCUUGUCAAUGGGAGACUGUAUGGCUUGCAGGAGGCACUAGAUGGCGCCAGAGACACAUGCUGCUCGUAUUGUGAGAUGGUUGGCUCAACCCUGGGCUGCUACAGUAAAGGCUGCACACUCCGGUACCACUACCUGUGUGCUAUUGAAGCAGAUUGCUCUCUGAAUGAAGAUAACUUCUCACUUCGGUGUCCGAAGCACAAGGUAAAGAAGGAGAGUUUCCCCAGAGUAGCCGGCCAGCCAAGCCAUUGUACCUGGAGCAGUCAGAGAGAGGCUGAAAGAAACAGUGAGGAAGAAGAGACACAGGAGUCUAGGAACUGCGAGGUGGGACGACAGAAGAUUGAGAAUUGUUUGUGAAGCCGCCCCAAACACGACAGGAGAGGACUGGCAUCGGCUGACUGAUGGAAAGACUGACAUCUGUUACAGAGAACAACAAAGGGGAAUGUACAAUUUCUCAACAGGAAUCAACAUAAUUUACAUUUAAGACAAUAGAGAGAAGACAUUUUUUUUUCUAAGAGAAUUAUUGCUCUUUACUUUAAAACAAAAGAAAAAAAAAACAUGGACAAAGCAACACGGGAACGGAGCUACAAUAAAAGACUAAAUGAAAAAAUACUACGAAGACCUAAGUGGAAUAAAAUGAGACAUCAGGAGUGACAGAGGAGCUGAAAGGAACUUUUUUUCUGGAAAGAAGAAAAGAAACAAUCUUCCUCUCUAGGCGUACCUUGAAUUUUCUCAGACAGCUCUUGUUAAAAUCAUCUGUAUUAUCAUUUUAUCUGUUACCUUCUUUUUUUGUUAUUGUUUUGUUUUCAUUUGUUUCGGGUUUUUCCUUUGGUUGUUUUGAAUCGGAGUAUUGGGAACAAGUUGGGGGUCUAUCCCAGAAAAGGAAAGGAGAGAAUUUUGAGUAUCUUCUUACUAGUAGUAUUUUAUCAUAUAAUUUUUAUGAUGAUUACUAUUAUUAUUUUUAGUCAUCAUUAUUAUUUUGUAUCUUCCUCGUCAAUAUUUACUCAUAGAAAUGAAAUGGAUGUAUCUCACUUUAUAUUCAGUCAACAUAUCAUGAAUUGGAUUUUACAAUUACAUUUUUUUUUUUUUUUAAUUUUAAUUUUUUUUUUUUUUUUUUUUUCCAUUCCUGGAGAGGGAGGAGCCAGACUGACGUUGUGUAUGGAAUGUCAGGGUCGAGUUGCCACAAAGACAUUAUUGCCUUGGAGAACGGACAAAUGUUGCCUUUCAAAAGUCACGUGUAUGAAUGAUGAGUGAGUGUGUGCGAAACUGAGAAAAAAAAAAAAGAAGUGGAUAUUUGAGUCCUUGAGUCCAUUUUGGUCCUUUUGAAAAGUGUUCUUAUUUUUCAUCCCGGGGUUUUUACGGUACAGAUAGUAUUCAUGAAAAACCAGAUGGACGCAAUCUUAUUUUUCAAGUAAAAAUUGUUCGUAAUGUGCAAAGAGAAGGACAGAACCCUUAAAAGGAGGAGAUAACACUAUGGACUAAUGCAUGUCUGCCAUCUUUGACCAUGCUGACUGGAGAAAGACUGAGGACAGGACGCAUUAAGUUUGCAUUAGGAUGGAACUGUGUACUUGGUGCACUAGCAAACCCUUCCUCUGGUAUGUUCUGCACAGGAGGUUACGUUUGACUGACGGGCGUCGCUCCCUCCGACGCUUUUGGAGUUGAAAGAUUUUGCGAAAGGAUGGCGUAAGAGUGGCUGUGAUUGGCCAGUCAUACUGUCCAGUGGGGAGCAAGCGCAACCAAGUACUUUUGAAUGGUUUUAUUCUUCAGUGACACGACGGCGGUUUGACCGGGAGAUACAAAAUCCAUUCAAAAGAAGCAUUGCCAUAAAAUUUAAAAGUGAGUCGUACGUGGUGUUGUCUUUAUCAUUUUUUAUUGUUAUUCUUGUAAAAAAAAAAAAAAAAGUCAAGCUGAAAGAAGACAGUUACACUAUCAGAACCAUGCUGUACUAGAAACCUGUCAAUAUGUAUAUGAAUUAUGAAUACACUUUAAAAAUGCUUCAAGAAUG